GAAGAUAGUGAGGCAAUGGCAAUUGAACCACCAUUUUUUGAGAAAUACAAGGCCAUCUUGCAGAGCUCUGCAAAUGAAAAGGAGAAACCUUCCACGGUUGAAGGCUUUGAUGAACUUGAACUACCUCUGAUUGAUCUUAGUCACUUGAAUCUUGGACAACUUGAGAGACAAGAAUGCAUAGAAAAGAUGGGUCAAGCUGCUAUUGAAUGGGGUUUCUUUCAGAUUGUGAACCAUGGGGUUCCAGAUGAGCUUCUAAACAGGUUGAAGCAAGAACAAAUCAAGGUAUUUCAGCAGCCUUUUGACAAGAAAUCUGAAAGCAACUUUUUGAAUUUAUCAGUUCAAAGUUAUCGUUGGGGGAACCCUCUUGCCACUAGCUUGAGGAACCUUUCAUGGUCAGAAGCUUUGCAUAUAUCUCUCAAAGAUAUUUCAAAAAUGGAUGAAUACAAUAAGCUCAGGUCAACCAUUGAAGAGUAUGCAGAAAAAGCUAAUUUCCUGGCUCAAAGAUUGGCUGAAUAUUUAGCACAAAAUUUGGGAAUCAAAGCAAAUUAUUUCCAAGAGAACUGCUCACCAAGCUCUAGUUCUCUUCGAAUGAACAGAUACCCUCCCUGUCCAUACCCUUCCAUGAUGUUCGGUAUUAUCCCUCACACUGAUACUGAUUUUCUAACCAUUGUAUCCCAAGACCAAGUUGGGGGAUUGCAGUUGAAGAGAAAUGGAAGAUGGGUUAGUGUUAAACCCAAUCCUAAAGCCCUAGUUGUCAACAUUGGUGACUUUUAUCAGGCAUUGAGCAAUGGGGUAUACAAGAGCAUAACUCACCGAGUGAUUGCCAACCAAGAGACAGAAAGGUACUCAGCGGCAUACUUCUACUGCCCCACCUACGAAACAGUGAUAGAAAGCUGCAGCAAGCCAAGUUUGUACAAAAAAUUUAGUUUCAAAGAGUAUAGAGAGCAAAUCCAGAAGGAUGUUAAAGCUACUGGGGACAAAGUAGGGCUUUCUCGGUUUCUUUUGUGAAUUGGAAACUUUAAAAAGAAAAAAG